AUGUUCCUGCAUGCUGGUGCUAGCCUUCACGGCCACGAGUACUCGACAAAUCGACCAACACAGGCGCCUCAAGGAGCGUUGCCUUUCCUCCGAUCCGCGCUUCGACGCCAGUCGGAUGCUGAUAAAACAACAAGGCCGUUAUCAGCAGUUGUUACUUCCUCACCACAACCCCGACCAAUGUCAUAUCAUGAGAAGCUCCCGUCUGUGACUACAGUGACACCGGUGCGCCGGACUUCUCGCCCCAGACCCAAGUCUGAGUACAUACCUCGGCGAGAUCUCUCUGUUCGCUUUCGUGAACCGGAGACUGAUGACGACCUGCCACCUUCAGAAGUGCAGAGUGAAGAUGAAGGCUCUGCUGCCUGCUCGGAUAUAAGUGACCUCAGUGAUUCCUCCACAGCACCUCGAAGAAGGAGGAAGCGCACCUUCAGAAAAUCUACACAAUUUCUUCUUGCACACCCAGCACCUCGACCAGGAGCCAGACAACGCCGCUUGGUUCAUCUCCGCCCACGACUGCUCCUUCAAUUACAAGAAGUCGGCGAGAAGCGCCCAAUACCCGCAUUUGAUGUAGUGCCAUCCAGCCUCAUCACAGGUUCUCAGAUUGUUCCUCGUAUGGCUAAGCGCUGCCCCCACCUGUUCCGCACAAAGCCAGUCCUGGGCAUGAACGAUCUCCUUAUUGUUCGUAGUGAGGACUACGACACACCAGCAUCUCCAGGAUCUCUCGACACCGAAGACUCACUCGAUCAAAGGGACGUUGUUGCAGUUAUUAGCCCACUUCCCCAAAUGGGUGACGAGUCGGCCGAAAUCGUGAUGGAAGAUGGAUCGACUUGGGAGUCGAGUUUGAUGGCCAACGGCUCAUAUGAGUUCAUUGGAGUUGACGAGCGAGGACGAAUCAGUACGGCACGAUGGGUCAAGAAGACCUCGACGCCAACAUCCCACAUGCCUAGGAAUAAUGGAGAACAAACACCGCCACCGAGCCCUUUACCCGCGGAAGUCAAGUGGACAUUCAGUAUGAUACAUCCCGAUACAAGACGGCAUCCCAUCAUGGGCUCCCUCAUGUCAAAUACGCUGGACGUCUUUGACACUUAUAAUACCAUGUCGACCUCAAGCGGUCGUUAUCCUCCAACUCGAAACACGCCACUAGACUCUAAGCUUGCCAGUGACUGGAUCGUCUCGAAUCCACCUGAAAUUCAGUCACGAUUGACAAAAGUGGUCCCAGAAGAUAUCAAACUUCUGAUGGUUGCAACCGCAUCUUGGAUCAACCUGCGACAAAGUGGGUUGCCAGUAUCGGGAAUCUGCAGGACACCCUCAACGUUACAAAAACGCACACUUAGCAAUGGUGGCCCGCAGAGAGCUCAGACGUUCCCUGCUCGCCCAAGCCUUUCUCUUGUUAACCCUUCCCAUCAAUUACCGCAUGCCAACACGAGUCCGGCAAGUAGUUCUUUGGACAGUUGCACAUCGGACAUGCCCGCGCGUCGAAGGUCGGUGUCUUACAAUGCCGGGUUUGUCAAGCGGUUUGUGACGCCGCGUGUCAGCGAGGAUGGAAGACCUCCGUUAGAGACCCUCGAUAUCAAGUCAGACAGGCCACCGACAAGACGUGUGAGCAUUAGUGUGCGAAAUUUUGCAGACAAGAUAUUCCGCCGGAGAAGCAACUCCCAUGCGCAGGCUGAAGAUAUAUAUGGACCCAAGUUCGAAUAUUGA